UUUUGUCUGUGACACAUUGUUGCAACAAGAUGUCCAGUCACUUCUGAUGAAAGUCAUGUCGAGUCCUGCCUUGUUAAAAACAAUGCUGUUUACCGUCAACAAUGUCCUGCAAAAAGAUAAAUACCGAGCGGUGCUGGCGGUGGUUAAAGGAUUCAGAAACGGCGCCGUAUAUGGGGCCAAAAUCAGAGCACCGCACGCCCUGGUAAUGACAUUUCUAUUCAGAACUGGCAGCUUGAAGGACAAAUUCAAAGCCAUUGUGAAAGCCACAUACACCCACUCUCGCAACCUGGCGUGCUUCGUGUUCACAUACAAAGCACUACGAGCCUUGCAGGAGAAGAUCCAGGGGAAGAGUUUGCAGUCUCACUCAUUUCUGGCUGCUUGCAUUGGAGGCUGGUUUGUGUUUGGUGAUAACAACAACAUCAAUAGCCAGAUCAACAUGUACCUGCUGUCCAGGAUCCUGUUCGCACUGUCUCGGCUGGCUGUUGAGAAAGGAUUUAUCCCCAAGCCGAAGCAAGAUCCUUUCCCACUUUUUGCCACUGUGGUGUGGGGCAUCGUCCUGUGGCUGUUUGAAUAUUACCCACACACGCUCCAACCCUCGCUGCAGUCCUCUAUGACCUACCUCUACCAUGACAGCAACGUGUGGCACAGUGUGUCAGACUUUCUUCUUUAUAAUAAGCCACGAACUGCUGCUCAGUAGUACAACCCCUGGCAAAAAUUAUGGAAUCA